AUGAGUGUGGUGGAGCACGUACGAGAGAUGGCGUCCGCCGGGCUCCACUCUAACGUGCGGCUCCUCAGCGGGCUUCUCCUCACGAUGAGUGGCAAUAACCCGGAGCUGUUUUCACCAUCUCAGAAAUACCAGCUCCUUGUAUAUCAUGCAGACUCUCUCUUCCAUGAUAAAGAAUAUAGAAAUGCUGUAAGUAAGUAUACAAUGGCCUUGCAGCAGAAAAAAGCAUUAAGUAAAACUUCAAAAGUAAGACCUUCUACUGGGAAUGCUCCAUCAACUCCCCAAAGCCAGUGUUUACCAUCAGAAAUUGAAGUGAAAUAUAAGAUGGCUGAAUGUUAUACAAUGCUGAAGCAAGAUAAAGAUGCCAUUGCUAUUCUUGAUGGCAUUCCUUCCAGACAGAGGACCCCAAAGAUCAAUAUGAUGUUGGCAAAUCUAUACAAGAAAGCAGGUCAAGAACGCUCGUCUGUUACGAGCUACAAAGAAGUACUAAGGCAGUGCCCGUUAGCACUUGAUGCUAUACUAGGCUUGCUCUCGCUGUCGGUGAAAGGUGCGGAAGUGGCCUCCAUGACAAUCAACAUAAUUCAGAGUAUUCCUAACUUGGAUUGGCUUUCUGUGUGGAUCAAGGCAUAUGCUUUUGUGCAUACUGGAGAUAACACAAGAGCAAUAAAUACCAUUUGCUCUUUAGAGAAAAAGUCAUUGCUGAGGGAUAAUGUAGACUUACUGGGGAGCUUAGCAGACCUGUAUUUCAGAGCUGGAGAUAAUAAAAACUCUAUUCUAAAAUUUGAACAAGCACAAAUGCUGGAUCCUUACCUAAUAAAAGGAAUGGAUGUAUAUGGUUAUUUAUUGGCACGUGAAGGUCGACUAGAGGAUGUGGAGAACUUGGGCUGCCGUCUCUUCAAUAUUUCUGAUCAACAUGCGGAACCCUGGGUGGUAUCUGGGUGUCAUAGUUUCUACAGUAAGCGAUACUCUCGUGCCUUAUAUUUAGGAGCCAAAGCUAUCCAGCUUAAUAGUAACAGUGUUCAAGCUCUCCUACUGAAAGGAGCUGCUCUUAGGAAUAUGGGCCGAGUACAGGAAGCAAUUAUACACUUCCGUGAAGCAAUACGUCUUGCGCCUUGCAGGCUGGAUUGCUAUGAAGGUCUCAUCGAGUGUUACCUAGCAUCCAACAGUAUCCGUGAAGCUAUGGUUAUGGCAAAUAAUGUGUAUAAAACUCUGGGAGCGAAUGCACAGACGCUCACUCUGUUAGCAACAGUCUGUCUCGAAGACCCGGUCACGCAGGAAAAAGCGAAAACAUUAUUGGACAAAGCGCUAACGCAAAGACCCGAUUACAUUAAAGCUGUGGUAAAGAAAGCAGAACUUCUUAGUAGAGAACAAAAGUAUGAAGAUGGAAUUGCUUUGCUGAGGAACGCACUGGCUAAUCAGAGUGACUGUGUUCUGCACCGAAUACUGGGAGACUUUCUCGUAGCUGUCAAUGAAUAUCAGGAAGCGAUGGACCAGUACAGUAUUGCCCUAAGUUUGGAUCCAAAUGAUCAGAAGUCACUAGAAGGAAUGCAGAAAAUGGAAAAAGAGGAAAGUCCAACAGAUGCAACCCAGGAAGAAGAUGUGGAUGAUAUGGAGGGAAGUGGAGAAGAGGGGGACUUGGAAGGCAGUGACAGUGAGGCAGCUCAGUGGGCAGAUCAAGAACAGUGGUUUGGCAUGCAGUAACGGCCUCUCAUCCUGCUGCUUGUUUUGGCACUUGAACAUACCACUAGGGCCAUUCUUUGAAGAACGUAAACUAUGAUUUUUGCAGUAACAAAGGACUUUUUUUGUUUUUUUUUUUUUUUUUUUUUUAAUGGACUCUGAAACCAUUUAAUAGUUCUAUGCAUCUCAAUGCCAUGAAGAUUCUUGAUGCUUCUUAUUUAUUAACUGUGAGGGACUAACUGUAUCGGAGGUUAUUUGCAACUUGCAUUUCAAAAAAUUCCUGCUAAAACUGAAAGCAUUAGAAUCUGAAGUGUGUAAGAAGCCUGUUGUUCAUGAUGAAAACAAUGUCUAAAUUCUGUCGGGGGCUAAGUGUGCUUGAUCGAUUUGUAAAUACAGUGGUUUGUACUCCUUUGUGGAAAAGGUCUUUCUCUCUUGUUUGUGUGCUACCAUGUGGGCUCACGCUCCUGUUGAAGUCUGGAGGGGUUGCUUGGGUGUGGCCGAAAGCAGCACUUUUCUCUUGCUGUGUUGAAUUAAUUUGUCUUUUUAUAAGGCAUUACAUGUGCUGUAAAGGAGAAGUUUGGUACGCUAGGCAACUUUGACUUACAGGACACUUUUGUAGCUGACUGAUUUCUAUGUGUACAGAAUUGAGCCAGUGUUGGAGAAUUACAGUCGUUUCCUCAAUCCUUACUAAACCCUGUAAUCGCUUAAAGUCUGUACAUGAACAUUUAUUUUUAAAUGCAGUUUAGUUUUAUUUCAGUAUGUUACUGAAAGGUUUUACAGCGGUGACUCAAAGCACUUCACAUUCUGUGUACAGCACUGACAUUUAAAAUGAUAUAAAAGAAUUCAUGCCUCUUCACUUGCAUUGCUGUAGAAAUGUUAAAUUAUGCAAAUACACAUAUUGUCUUGUUUUGCCAUGUUUAUAUACUUCAUGUUUUUGUCAGGUAAUAUUUGAAUUCAUGUGUUUUCCCUCACCCUUUGAAGCAAAGUUGCAUUGCUUCACCUACAAAUUCUCAACAUCACCAUUUCAAGGGUGAACUUCUUUGUGCAAUCUAUUUCAAUUCUGUGGGUUUGAUGUGUGGGAGGAGGAAUUACUUCUUGCUCUUAUUUUUCUUACAGUUCUGGUUUCCUUACUCUUUACUAAAGCAUGUAUUUUUAUCUUUAUAUUGGCAGUUUAAUUCCUUUUGUAUUUGUUACCACAGGUAUGCUGGAGCACACAGACUUUUUUUACAAAGCUAAAAAAUAGUUUUG